AUGCAGGAUCCCGAGUCUGCCGGCCCAGGUCGGGUUUUUUAAACCCAAAUACAAUAAGCGGCGUCGUUCGAGUCUCAUCAUCUGUCUGCCCAGCCCAAGUCUCGACGGUUACAGAAGCAAAAAAAAACAAUCUCUUAUUUAAAGUCCGCCUAUUUUCUGAGUGUGGACUUACUCAAAGCUUGUUUGACGCCUGCUCUUUGUUCGAUCGCAUUUUCCUCACUCUCUGUCCGAUCAGUCUCUUCUACUUCUCUCCGAGUUGAAAGCCAAAAGUGAUGUCAGAGACAGCUCUGAGAGAUCUCAACGCCAUACCUGGAUCUGAGAAGAAGAAUGAAAGCUCUAGCAAAGGGAGCAUAACUAAGCCCUUAGCUGGGAAUGCUAAUGAAAAUCAGGAAGAAUGCCAGAAGAAAGCCACUGCUGCUUUGGGUGCACUUUCUAUAAAUGGUGCCGAAGUUGCGAAUACUGGUGUUGAGGUUGGAAUUGCAGAAGUAGAAUACAUUGAGUCAGAGAAUCUGAAUGAUCUAGAGGAUGUUGAUACAAGUCUCAAGACACUCGUAACUGGACUAGAAUCUAAAGAUUGGGUUCUGCUGUGUGAAGCACUCAAUAAUGUGCGUCGGUUUUCUAUAUUUCAUAAGGAAGCCAUGCUUGAUAUGUUGGGAGAUGUGAUCUCACUGGUGGUAAGGUCUCUGAAAAAUCCAAGAAGUGCUGUUUGCAAAACUGCAAUUAUGACAUCUGCAGAUAUUUUCAAUGCUUACAACGAUCUUGUAGUUGAUUCAUUGGACCCUCUGCUUCUACAACUGCUUCUUAAGUCUUCACAAGACAAACGAUUUGUAUGUGAAGCAGCCGAGAGAGCUUUAGUAGCGAUGACCACUUGGGUUUCCCCUCCGUUGCUGUUACCAAAGUUGCAACCGUAUCUAAAGAACAAAAAUCCUAGAGUUCGAGCAAAGGCAUCAAUGUGCUUUUGCCGAAGUGUUCCACGACUGGGCGUUGAAGGCAUCAAAGCUUAUGGGAUUGACAAAUUCAUUCAGACAGCUGCAUCCCAGCUUAGUGACCAGCUUCCGGAGUCUAGGGAGGCUGCUCGAAUUCUCCUCCUGGAGCUGCAAACUGUUUAUGAGAAAUUUAAUGAUCUCACUUCAGCAUCAGUAUCUGAGCAUCCAGAACCGAGCUCUUGGGAGAACUUUUGUCAAUCAAAACUCUCGCCUCUUAGUGCACAAGCUGUUCUUCGGGUUACCAAUAUCUCUCGGGAAGGUCUCGUUAUGGGCUCCUGACACAGGUUUAUAUUGAGCACGCACGAGUUUGAGUAGUGUUGUCUCCAUUUUGCAACAUAUAUGAGCUUUAGCAAAGCCUAUAUCUGCCCUUGAUUUGAUUUGGUUCAUCAAAAUCUUUUUCAUUUUUCGCGUCUGUAAAUUCUUUGAAAGGUUGAUAUGUUUGGUAUUAUGGUGGGAGCACGUAGUUGAUCCAGAAUCGGAUGAUCAUAUUCUUCACACAUGUCAUUAUUACUUCUAGGCCUUGUUCCUUCAAUCAACGCUGUUGAGAUGUUUCUUUUUUCAA